UCAAAAUUGAGGUUGCAGAUUUCCCCAAAAUGAGUUAGAGAGAUUAGUGACUUUAUUAAUACCGGUCGAUUGGACUGUGCAAUUCGUGAGUCAUGCAAAAUUACUACAUUGUAGGCUGCACUAUCCUUGUAGCUGUGCUUUGGCAGGUUGGAUUUCUCCAUAGCCUCUACUCGACAAUAUGGAACUUUUUUGUUGUACUAAUGGGGAUUUUCUCAGGGGUAAUGCUAUACCUCCUCUCUGGUAAACAACGAAACCCAUCGACACCAAGACUUCCAAAGAAAGUUGAAACAGUCAGACGUUUUCUGGCUAAGCUUACGCGAAGUCAAACGCAUAAACCUUACAAGCACAAGACUGUUGUUUCAAGACCUGUCGACAAAGCCAUUCAGGAGGUGUUUGACUUGUUCAUCCGUGAUUUUUGCCUAUCUUGGUUUCGCGAUUUGGGUAAAGAUGAAGCUGCCUUUGUCGAUUUACUUACUGAAGAGCUGUGGGUUGUGACGGCGAAUCUUGUGGACAGGUUAAAAUGUGUUGACACCGUGAAAUUCUUGUCGAAUGACGUGGUUGAAAUUCUCAGCAGACACUUCCAACAGCUGCGACUCGCAGACACCCGAGCCUUUUCUGAUAAUGCGAUUCACUUUGUUCUCCAUCCAUGCCUCACGAGUCGAGCUGCAGAGCUUGAUUAUCUCCGCAAAGCCUCCGAGGUUAUGCUUUGUUGUCUUCUUCCUCAAAAGAAUUCACGUUGUUCCACAAUGCGAUACCUUUUGCGCGAGAUUUUAGCGUUCUCUGUCUUCCAGCCUCUGGCCGACAUAUUGUGCGAUCCUGACUAUAUAAACCAAACCCUUCUUGUCCAUUUGGAGGCCAAAGAAGCUCUCACAGCUCAGCACAAGCAAGGCUAUGCUUAUGCAGAAACUUAUGAAGACUUCAUCAAGAUGAUCAAUACAUCAAAUUCAGUUGAAGCUUUGAAACAAAUUAGGUAACAGCAUUACAAGUUAUUUAUGAAGAUCACAAAGCUGCAGAUUUUUUUUUUUCACAGCACCAGCUUUUCUUCUGAAUCAUUAUAAUGCAACCUUCCCCCCCCCCUGAAAAAACCUUUGGUGGCUCUGACCCCCACCCUCAGGAGACAUUUGUGAAGGUUUAAGAUGGAGUAUAGAGGUUUGACUGUACUUAUUUUUGUUUGGAUAAAGGAAACUAAAAUUCCUUUUUUGAUCUGAUUUUACCACACAGGUAUCACAUAAUUGCAGAAAUCAUGCAGGCAACUACAAUUAACAACUUAAAGGGAAUUGACCAGUUUGGACAAGAUGACAAACAGGGAAAAGCCCUGAAGAAAGAUACUCAACUGAGAGCUAGGAAUCUAAAACGUUACAUCAACCAGUGUACUGUGGCUAAAGCUCAGUGUGAACGUCGCAUCAAAAUGUUAGGGGGACCUGAUUACACUAAUAAUGAAGGGACAGACAUAAUACAGACUAGACAAGAGAAAGUCAAGCUUACUAAAAAAUUGAGUGCAAAAUCUCAAGCCAAAGUGUUAGGCUUUCCUGAGGUGAUGGAUAACAGCUUGGCAAGGAGCUUUUUUAUGCUGUUCCUUCAAAAUAAAACUGGCAGCAAAAAUAUGCUUAGGUCAGUUUUGGAUUAUUCUUUUGUUCCAAAGAUUUAGAACCACAAUCUUAAUAUCAAUUCAAAUAUUUUUGAGAUGAUUGCAAAUCACAUUGAUGUUAAACCAUGGACUUUGUGUUGUUCACCCAGACAAAAAUAUUUUUAAAUUGAUUUGUGACAGUUCAAGUGAUGAUGUUUUAUGGUUUUCUUUAAAUAUGAAAUGUUCCAUUGAAAUUCAUUGAUUUCUUUUUUCAAUGAUUGUAGUUUCUGGAUGGCUGUCGAGAAUCUUAAGUUAGUAAAAUACACUGAACUGCAUGAAAGUGCACAAGAAAUCUACCAAGUUUAUGUUGCACCAUCAUCAGACAAAUCUGUGAUGUUGGACACCACUUUGGUGAGAGGAAUGGAGCAGUACCUGCAUGGUACCCAUGGACUCCAAGGGUUCUUUGAUGCACAGAAGAAAGUUUAUAAAACUCUAGAGGAAAGGUUUUACCGCAAGUUUGUGCUAAGUGAAGAGUACUUCAUGUUUGUUUUGCAAUCAGAAGCAGAGUUAGAUGAUUUGCGUGCUCAACACAGGGAGGAGGAUGACCUGGAUUUGAACUGGAAUGAUGAAUUUGAUUUGGAUACAACUGAUGAAGAUGUAUGUACAUUCAGUUUAGAAAAGUGAAAAACAGUUUUAAAUCAUACUAACUGGAAUGUUUGGACUCUCAAUAAUAUAAAUUUUGUAAGUAGAGUUUUAUGUAGAUUGAAAAUUUUUCCUAGGGCAUGUUUCUGUAUUUUGAUAGUAGAUAGUAAUGGAAAAAAAAUGAAUAUACAUUUAAACUACUAUGCAUAUCAAUUUCUUGAAACAGUUUUUCAUUGUAUGAGGAUGUUCAUAUCUUUUCUGAUUUAUCAUAGGUUGGAACAGAAAGUGAUGGCACUCCAAAGCUUGGUGUGUGGACAUCUUGGAUGAUCACUCAUAUUUUGAAGAAGUUAAUCAACUGUUUUAAUUCUUGUUUAAGACCAGUACACAUACACAAAAAUUAAUUGGUAUUCCUUGAAAAAAUAGACAGGUAUAUGAAUUCAUAAAGUAAAAGAGAGGUACUGGCAGCUGAUGAACCAGCAGAAAAUAAAUUUUAUGCAUCAAUCCUUAGCAUAGAGGACAUUUUAUUUAAGUAUUCUCUUAUGCUUCCUCAUAAUUUAUGUAGUAUUUUUCUUUUCUCAAAUAUAUCUUAGAUGACUGAAGCAUUAGUGGGAAUGCUUUUUGACAUUUGAAUUAAGAGUAGAUCCCAUGUUCUUUUUAGCACGUAAACCAAGUACUGUAGAAGAACGGAGUGAAGCAAUUGUCCGUAAGUUAGAGGUUCUUGAUCAAAGACUUGCCUCAAAGGUAAUGCCAAUCACAAAAAUGUAUGCUCUGGUUGUACCACAAGAACAAAUUUACAGAACAGCUGUAUAUUGUAUGUUGUAAGAAUUUAUGAUAUAUAAGAGAGGUUCUAUUGUUCAAUGUUCUUUCUCCUUUUGUAGGUACCUCAGUAAUUGACAUCUACAACUUAAAAUUGUGUAGUGGUUUGUAAUGAUCAUUUUCAUGAAGAUAUUGUAAGUGUAAUUUUUAAAAUGAUGAUAAUUUCUCCUAAGACACAACAAUUGGAACUUGUGAAAAGAAGUUAUGGAGCUGAGGUGGAGGUACAGAGCCAGUUUGUUUGAAUUAUAAAUAUGAGUUAAGAGCAACAUAUUGUUUAGCAAUGAAAAUUAAUAUUUUUAAAGGGUAUACCAAGUUGUGUAGAAUUUUUGUAAUCUUAAUGCCAACUUUUUCAUUUUUGACACACCAUAGAUGGUAGAAUUCUGAGCUUGUUCUCUGCCAAAGCCUUGUUCAAGUCACCUGACCUGUUACUUGACCAGCCUCUUCUAGAUUGCUGAAAAGUUGUUUUCCCCCCACCUUUAUUUAGGGUUGGUUUGUGAGCUGUAAUGUAAAUUGCCUCUGAAACUCCUCCCAUAAACCAGUCUGGAUCCCUGUCCAAAACAUGUUCCUUGUCCUUAAGAUAUUUUUGGUUUAUUUUUUAGGGAGUUCCAUGCAUAUGAUUAAAAUUAAAUCAUUUGUUUUGAUUAUGAAUAACAAGAAUAUAUUUAUAACUAAAUGUAAUUAUGUGAAGUUUUGUAAUUAAAAGCUGCUCAAGAUAUCAUUGGAAUGGAUGGUUUGUAGCACUAAGUUUCAAUCAAGUAGCAUAACCAUACUGUAAGUAAUGAUGAUCAUUUGUUUUUUAGUGGUUGUAAUAUUUAUUUUAUUCCUUUUUGAGGAAAUGGAAUAUCUUACUGGUGAGAUUGAAAAGUUGAAAAUAGAAAGAAUGCAGCUGGAGUUUCAUGUGGAGAGAACAGGUAGUGAUAGAAUAAAAGAUGUUUGCAAUCAUUCGUACUUAAGCCUGAUGAUGAUGUUGGUUCUUGCAAUGCAUUGCAUAUUUUGCACUGUUGGAAAUUGGCAUAGUGCAUCUUAUAAUAUUUUAACCAUUUAAGAGGAAUAAUUGUAGUUCUCCACAAAAUAUUUUUCUUCAUUGUGACAGCAGCAGUGGUUAGUGUCAUAGAGUAUGGUAUUUCAUUUUCCAGUUAUCAGAUUUGUUGUAAAGAAGGUUGAGUGUUGUGAAGUAUGGAAACAACAAAGAGUUUGGUAAAUGUAUUCUAUCAGGCAUGCGCCCUGAAAUUUAUUUGUGUUCAAGAACCAAAUGUCUAUUCAAUCCCUAUUUCCAUACAUAAUUAACUCUAAGAGUUCCCUGAUUGUUUUUCACAGAUCAAUGGUGUGAAAACUUAGGGAUGUGGAAGAUAGAAAUACCUAGUGUAGAGGUAGGUCUGUAGCUUUACACACUUGGUUUAAAAAUUUUUAGGCACCAGAUAGACAGAGCAGUGAGAUCCAUAUGACUACUUGCUAUGUUUCAUUUUUUUUCUUUUAGUGGAAUAUAGAUGGUGAGAGGUCAGUACCUGUGUAUGCUAUAGUGGUUCACAGUGCUGGUGAGAAGUCUCAGUCAGCUGGCAGAUCACAAGAGGGAGAUGGAAAUCUCAAUUCAGAAGGCUGGGUUGUAACUAGGAAGUUCAAAGAUUUUGAGACUCUUCAUGUUAAAUUAAAGGAGGUAAUGAUAUAGCAUGGAAAUGGAACUAAAUUAUACUUAUUCCUUCCAAGUAAUAAUCUAUUAGUGGUUAACUCUCAGUUGUAACAAAAAUGGCGCUUGGUCUGUUUUAUUAGUAUAAAAUAAAUGAUUAUAAUAAUAACAUUUAAUUUAUUGUGUCUUGCAGUGUUGUUCUUGGCUUACUCGUGAUCUGCCUGUGCCAUCCAAAAAAUGGUACAGAUCCAUUGAUGAUGAGUUUUUAGAACGAUCAAGGAAAGCAUUGGAAGAAUACCUACAGGUAAAGUUGUGUUGCAUGUUUUCCUAUCCUUGCAAUUUUCUGUAAAAUGAGCUGGUUGUUUGUGUAAGAAAACAUAUAGAAUUAAAGUUUCGAGGUUAAGUUAGCUCAUAGUAUGCUUAUCAACACAUUUACCAAUUUUUUUGUGUUAUGUAUUACUUUUGUUGAAGACAUUAUUAGCUGAUGAAAAGCUGUGUUUGAGUGAAGAGCUGUACUCUUUUCUCAGCCCCAGUCCUGAACAUCUUAAGAAGCAGAGGUAUUUAAAAGAGGUUUAAUUGUUAAUAAGAUUAUCAUCACAUUAUCUUCAAUCAGUUUUAAAUCAUAUUGAAUUAUCUUUUGGUGCACUUUUGGCAAUGAACUUCAAAUCAGAGUAAGUUGUAUUUACAGAAUUUUAUGGUUUGAAACAAAUACAUGUAAAAGGCACAGGUGCAUGUAUUAAAGAGAUGAAUAGUUUAUUGAAGUUCUUUGAGUCUACUUAUUUUCUCUUGAAUUGUUUAAUUUUACCUAAUAAGAUUCCCCACUUUUCUUUGAAGUGAACCAACCAAAAGAGGGUUUUCCCUUUUGUCAGUGUUAAAAAGGUAUGUAAAAUGUGUAGAAUUGUGUUUGUGUUGGUUAAUAAGUGGUUUGAUGUGGCUUUCUGCUUAAUGUUUGUUUACUUCAAUGUUAACGAGCUGUUCACUUUUUCUUGAAUUAGCCUACCUUUUGACAUCAUUCCAGCAGAAGAAGCUGAUGAGGUUAGAAAAAACGGUUAUUAAGAUGAAUGUGUUCAGUUAGUAGUAUAAAUACUGUUAUAGCUGACAAGAUCAUUUGGUUGUCAAUGUCCACCUUUAAAAACUUAUUUCUUAAUUGAUGUUAAUUUUACAAUUUUAAUUCUCACUGGGAUGAAAAAAUUGAGAUAAAAUAGCAAUUUUCACCCUCCACAAGCAGUUGAUUAAUUUGUUUUUGAAAAUUACUCUAUAGGAAACAGGUCUUGAUCCAGAGGACAGGUGAGACAUUAUGUUAUUGAUGAUUUACAAGUUGAACAUAAUAAUUCAAGAAAUUAAAUCAUUUUUAUUUCACAGUAUUCUCAAAGUAGACAAAGUGGGAAUAUUGUUUUAGGAAAUUUUAUUGUUUUCUUGAAAAUGAGACAACAGUAGAUGGAGUUAUUUUGUAUGUCAGUGUUUACAUAAAAAAUAUUACAAUUAUACUAACAAGCACUUUCAACAUUGGGUUUUGCUAUUUUUGGAAGAAAGAUGUUUGCUGAGGUCAGUCAAUUAUCUUUCCUGACAUUUCCCUUUCUUGUUAUGGGCAGUUCCCUGCGUAAAGAUUCUAUUGCUGAGCCAUUUUAUGGAUUGAUUGGUGAAAUAUUUGAGCUGAAAGGAGGUAAAUGUGAUGAAUUUCAACAUGCAGGAUACCUUUUCUUGUAUGGAUACAGUGAUCUUGUAUUUAAUAUAAUUUUCCUCAGAAAAAACCUUCUUGGAGGAAAAAUAAAAUAAUGAUAGCCAUGAUAAUAUGAUAUAAUAAUAAUAAUAAUAAUAAUGAUGAUGAUGAUGAUGAUGAUGAUAAUGAUGAGAACAAUAAAUACAUUGAUAUUAGUAAGAAAAAUUAUUUUUGUGCACAGUUUUUAAGUGGCUGAGAAGAACUUUAAUAGCUUUUGUUCAAGUCACAUUUGGAGGCACAAUUAACAGGUAAGAGUUUCUGGAUGAGUUUGUUAUAAAUACACCUUUUUCAGUGGUUCAACAUGUAAUGUGGGCACAUAUUUUGUGAGUUGCAGCACAUUUUUCUAAGGAAGGAAAAAUAUGAGCAAUAAGCAAAAAGGCCAAGGGAUGUUGUAUGUUAAACCUGGAUCAAAAAAGAGACUAGUCUUUCCAUCUUUUUCCAAUUUUGUAAUUUUUUGGCAUCCUUUGAGCAUUGUUUUGAUUACUUAAGGCAUGUAUUAAAGAUAAAAACAAAACAAACAAAACCAGCCACAAUAGAAAAUUGUUUCAAUCAAUAUAGUUUGUCCCUGAAAUGACACAGUCAAACAGUUUACAGUUUGGAUGGCUGCCUGUGGCCUUUUUAUUUCUCAUUUUUUUCUUCAUAUUUUUGCCCUGUUCUACAUCAUAAUUCCAUUGAUUUUGUGGGUUCUGUUGCCUUAAUAUGGCAAAAUAUCAUGCAUAAUAGUGAAAUGAAAAUAUUGGAAGUAAAUAUCAUAUAGUGGGUCAUCAGAUUUAAAUCAUAAAAUUUUCAGUCACUUGACAUAAAGGUUAAAAUUAAUGAAGUUAUUCACACUGGUAUUUUGAUUCCUUUCUAUGGUGUGCUUAUAAUAUUUGUGUCUUAUCACAAGGGGGUUGAACAGUUAUAUUUAGCAAUUAACUGAUCUCAAAAACAUUACAUAUGGAGAAAGUGUGGGAACCUUUGCAGACAGUAGAAUGUGUCAUGUUUAAUUUAUACCUCUUACUUGAAUUGAAGGACAGUUAAUUUAUCUUCAUAAAUCCUGAUUACCAUCUAAUGAGAAGACUUUGUUCCUUGACCAGGGAAAUCCAUCAUAUGGUUGAGUGGCUUGUGUCAGAAUCAAUGGUAAUGUACUACAUUCGUUUGUUCCGUGACUCAACAUGGCCUGGUGGAGAACUGGCUAAACCUACUGUACAACGUACUGAUGCAGUAAGGAAGUUGGACUUUUUACAUUGAAUGUCUGUCAACAUUGUAAUUUUUCAAUAUUUUUAAACAUUGGCUCCAAGGUUCAAUCAUUUUGCUGGACAUGGAGAGUAGACAAAAUAAUUGGCAUGUAUCUCAGGCUAGUUCCAGAACAAGGAAUUCAAGAUGGAACUCUUUGCAAAAUACAAUGAUUUAGUACUUGAGGUAUUUUUAAAGAUGUGAUCAAAAUUGAUUUAAAUGGUAACUGAAAAUAUGCCUUUCCACAGUCAUCAUCUCUCUUUCAGGAGAAACUUAAGACAAGUAAAAGAGCAAGACAAAAACUUCUGAAAAACAUUCCAGGCAAGUUAGAAAUGGGCAACGAGCUUUAAUUCCCUGUCACACAGAUGUUGAGAAAUGUAGGAACAGUUUCAGAUCAUCAAUAGAGUUUUAUCAGUUAUCUGAUAUUAAUUUUUUUAUUGAGAGGGCAAGUUUCUGAGGAAAACGUGGUACUAUGUUAGUGGGGGUGUCAGUUAAUACAAGAUAAUUCUAAUUCCCACCCAUCAGAAUUUUUUACAUGAUGAAAAAAUAUUCCAUUCUUUUCAGUAAUCAUAUAUGGGAAUGGUCCUUUAAUUAAUUUUUAAAUUUAUGACAUUAAUAGAAUUACUGGUUCACAUACUAAGUUGUAAAAGAUUACUUCAUAAAAGAUCCUUAAAAAUUCUUCUUUUAUUAAUAAUUCAUAUUAUAGAAGUUCUCCAGAAUCUGGUGGGAAAAAAAAAUAGUAAACUUGGAACUCUGAAGGUAACCCUAAUGAUUUAACUGGCUACAGUUAUGUACCUUGAUUAGUGUUUAUGUGCUAUAUAUUUUACAAUAAACAACUGGAUUGAACAUUCUUUAUUCUUAAAAUUCUGUGAUUGAGCAAGUGAAUGGGGUGAAGUUUUCCUGAAAACACUUUUUUCCAGCUUUUACAUAAGACAUGUUUGUUAUAGGUGUUUGAAGCAUUUCAGGAUAUCAGGGUUACCAAACACCUGUUUUAUGUAAGUUCUUUGUCAGAAAUUUCUCCUUAUUAAUUUAGUUUCAAGUAGAUUUACAUUAUUUGAUAAACAGAGGUAUGUCCUAUUUGGUUUUUACUGUUGAGUGAUGCAUGAUAAGGAUGCUAGGCUGAGAAUACAGAAGGGUGUGUGGGUGGAAACAGGUUACUGUUCUGUUUAGCUGUCUAUGGAAUCUUUCAUCUCAUUCUGAUCUUGUUACUGCUAAGUUUCCACCAGACUACAUUUUGAUUUGCAUGGCAAUCUUUUUAGCUAUUAAAGAAACUGGUGGAUUUUUAAUUCAUCUUUGUUUUUCUUACAGGUUCUGUUUGAGCUCAUUUUAUUUACCAUUUGCCCUGAAGUGAUGUCUGAGGAAGUUAAGCAAAGAGCAAUGGUUUUGAUGAACAUGAAGAACAUGCAGCCAAUUUCACCUCACACUGAUAAAUAAGGAACUGUUACUGUGGGAAAUUUUUAAAUGAGGCUUGGACCAUUGGAAAAUUACUUACCUACAUGAGAUGUGUAUGGGCCCACAUUGUAAUGCUCUCAAAACUUAUUGAGUAACAAUCAAAGUAUUAAUCAUUAUGCAGAAGCCCUUUUAAACUGUUCAAGGAUACACUUUUUGGAUAUAUCUCCAAAGAUUCUUGCCCAGUAUGGCUCUGUAAAAUUGUUGUCCUCUAAAUCAUAUUUUCUCAGUUUUCCCACUUAACCUCUGAUUACUUUUAAUGUUAGAUUAAAACCAUAAUUUUGGACCUUUGUUGAGAAAAAAAAUUUAAAAAUAAUUGGUUUGGAAAAACCUGACAGUCAUUCCACUAUUUUCAUUGUUAGAAGUACCUCAGAAUUUCUGAAAAUGUUUUCAGUUUCUCUGUUAGGUACAAAUUUCACUGCC